GCUCGAAAAAAAAAAUUCACAACUUUUUUUUACUUUCCUUUACACAAUCGCACCCAUGUCUAAUCAAAUCACCGUGUCCGAAAUUAGCGCUAAAGGAAUUGUUCUCGAAAAGAACAUCGAGAAUUUCACCACAUCCACCACGUCUGUUUCAGUCGAGGAAACAGUUGCGACGUUAGAGUUUACAGAAGAAUCUACAAAGUCUACUCCUGUCACUCCAACAGCAUCCCCUAGAAAGGCCAUUGCCAAAGCCAACGGCGCCACUUCUGAUGGAGCCAAUCAACAUCGUACACUUCCCAUUUUCAGCAAUCCACUUUUGGCAAAUGCUACACAGGCAAACUCAGUUCCUGUGAAGCCCAAGGCAGGCCGCGUGAAGUCUUCUGGAGGCAAAGCCAUUUCUGUCCUCAGGAUUAAUGCGCCCAAGGUCGAUGGUUAUGUUGUGGUGAUGCGUAGGCUGGACCAGGACCUGGUUAAUGCUACAUCAAUGUUCAACGCCGCCUACCCUGCUAUUUCUGAAAAGAUGAAUAGCAAGGAAAAUCAAUUUAUUAUGCGUAAAUAUCAAGGGCAUAUGGAGAAGUCAGGAGCUCUGAGUGGGGUCUGGAUUACCGUUGCGCAAGUUGAACCUUUUUUUUUUGUUUUAACAGCCAAGGAACUUGCCAAGGAGUACGGAAUUGAUCAAUUUAUGCGUCCACUGUUGGAAGCACCUAUCGCCAAGAUUGCGUCUCUAUCAGAGGGAGAGGAGGUUAUUGAGAAAGUCGUUGUCACCGAGGUCACGACAGUGCAAACUACUACUACAGCGGAUAGUGAGAUUGAAGAUUUAGAGGCUGUUGCUUUAGGAAAGAGGAAAAUGACAGACGAUUCGGAGGGUCUGACAGCCGAAGAUGUCGCAGGGAUGAAGCGUCGAAUUGAGGAACUAGAGAACCAAGUUUCGAGAGACAAGAAGAAGUUGCGAGGCCUGGUCACUGUUGCAGUGGGUCUUGCAGCUGCCACGGUCAUACCUCAGGUCCUCCCUUAUUUUUCUUGAACAGGUUUCUUUUAAACUUGACAAGCCAAUGAGAUAUGAAUGGUAUAAGCUGCACGACCAACUAGACGCCGUUCAAUCAUUCCAUUCCUUUUAUCCGUAAUUUUAUGAUUCUUAUUCCUUCACUUUUCCACUCUGUUGUAGUUGUUAUCUAUUUCUCAAUGCCGUUUAUUUUUUAAGUUUUAAUUCUCAAGUCUAUCCAAAGGACAUGAAGCUAUGACCAUGUCCUUAUUUGAAUCUUUGUUUGAUAAUAAUACAGAUAGUAGUAAUAAACACAGUUCUCCAAGA